AUGGGCCGAGGACUUGGCUACUCCCCUGACCAUAAAUGGCUUGGCCAGGGCUCCCGUGGAGCUGUCUCUUCUUCUACCCUUGCUCUGCCAGCUGGUUGUCCCUACAAAUGCGAGACACAAGCCAACAGCUCCGGGGAGAAAGGCCUGCCGAGGACAGUGUUUGGAGAAGGUUCUUGGGAGGCUGUCAGAAUGAGUUUUUCGCUGAACUUCACACUGCCACCCAACACGGUAAGUCCAGUGGUCCCCACUCACCACACGUCGCCGCCGAUUGUUACAGGUGGGAAAGAAGCAGACUGCGGGCCCUCUCUCGGACUGGCCGCGGGCAUCCCGUCCCUGGCGGCCGCGGCCCUGCUGGUGGCUCUCCUCUACACUCUGAUUCGCCGGAGAGGCAGCAGCAGCGAGUCCACCGAGGAAAGUGAGAGGCCAUAUGAAAUUUCAGAAAUUGAUGACAAUCCCAAGAUAGCUGAGAACCCUAGGAGAGCGCCCACUCGUGAGAAGAGUAGCACGGGCCCGGGAGAAGCUCACAUAUACGUGAAGACCGUGGCAGGGAGCGAGGAGCCCGCGCGGGACACUUACGGUCCCCCCGCAGAGACGGAGCGCAGGAGGGGGCUGUGGUGGCUGGUGCCCAGGCUGAGCCUGGAAUGACGCAGCUCGGGGAGGGAACUGGAGCUGGGACAGAGCCGGACGGGAUCUGUGCUUGCGGUGAGGACAGGUGCUGCGCUGCUUCUGAACCAGGCCGCGUUUCAGGGGCAGAGCCGGAGAACCUUUGGAUUGACCAGUCUCCUUGGGGGGCAGAUCUGCCGCCGUUCACUCCAACUCUCGGGUCUUGGGGUUUGGUAAGCAGUGAGGCACCAAGUGAAGUCACCAAGCAUCCAGAAGGAGCCCUUGGGUCCCAUUCCUGACCCCAGUGGGAAUUUCCUUGCGUGUGCGUGUGUGUGCGCGCAGGCACGUGUGCAGGGUAAAUAGUGUUUCGAGUGAGUAUUAGAAAUGAGGCCAUACCCAUUUUGUGGGAGUAGGGAGAAAAGCCCCCGUCCUCGGACUGUCCGGGGAAAGCUCAUGGUCAAGGAGCCCCGAGGACUCGGCACGUGCACAGCGGGCGGGCGGCUGGGCUGAGCGGCAAUGUGCCCGCCCCAGGGAGGCCUGUGGGCAGUGUCGGCGGGCUGGGCCGGCCUUCGCCAUCGCUUCUGUGACGAGGCUUCCAGGAACCUCCGAGUCCACCCACCAGCUCCAUGACCCCCCUUGCUGUGCCGCGGAAACACUUCUUCUGAGCCAGGCCCUGACUGCUCAGAAGCACACUGUCUUCUUCAAAUAACCAAGGAGAGUUCGACAAACCCAGUCACAGCCACAAGCCAACUGGUGCUUUGCAAAGCCCCUUGUGAAAUUCAGUUUUACUCCAAGUCCCCUAGGUCUGAUCACCUUGACAAGCAGAUUUGGCCGUUUUGUCUGUAAAAUGAGGUGUGACUUAUAUUUUGGACCAUUUAUUUUAAUUCCACUAACAAUCCAUUGCUUAGACUCUUUAGUUCAAAUUAUGUCUACCAAACUAGCAAGGUUCAGUACUUCUGUCAUUUUUUUCUGCUACAAUGUACAAAAACUUAUUGUAGAAUAAAGUGACAAGUAAA